UCCGAUACUGCAUGGAGUUCUUUCGGCGUGGCACUGUGUUAUGGAGAAAAGACUCACAUGGGCGUCACAAGGUGGUGGUGCAGCCAGAACGGCGAUGGUCUGUCCUGGAAUUGGCACACGACGAUGUUGGUCACAAAGGUUUCUAUGCGACGCGAGCCCUACUCACCGAACGGUUCUGGUGGCCUCACAUGGCUGACGAUAUUGCGUGGUUUGUCCGGACCUGCGAUCUGUGUCAGCAGCGGCAAGUACGGAAGAUACACAUACCUCCGACGGUUGCGGUACCAGCGCCCAUCUUCGCCAAGAUGUAUAUGGACACGAUGCACCUCCCCACGAGCGGC